AUGGGUGACAAGAUCUAUUAUUUCGCCAAAUUCAACCUCCCAGCGCUCCUUUCCCUCGCGGAACAGCGUCGCGGCCAGCCAUGCACCUGUGACAUAACCCAGAUGCCAAAAUGCGGAAGCUUGAACUGGGUCAUUUUUUUAUGCUUCCAAGAUGGGGUUGAAUGGGUCUUCCGCUCUCCUAAGAGUGACUUUGAUAGCUUCUACUCCGAUGACACCGCCUCAAAAAUUCUCGUCAGCGAAGCAUCUACCUUGCUGUAUCUCAAGGCAAACACCUCGGUUCCGGUUCCCCAGGUUUUCUCCUACAGCGGAUCCAGCGACAAUGACAUCGGUAUUCCAUAUAUUCUCCAGAGCAAAGCCCUCGGCCGUUCUCUAGGAUCGUAUGCCUGGAGCCCGCCACGGUAUCAAGUCCCAGGGCUCCAGCAUCGUAGCCCGCCGAUGCCCAUCUCCGAUGAGAGCCGAGGGAAAGUAAUGAGACAACUUGGUGCCUUCAUGUCAGAACUUUCCACGCACCGAUUUGAUAGGAUUGGUUCUUUAUUCCGAGAUGCAGAUGCGAGCUAUGUUGUUGGUGAAUGUCUCUCGCCGUCUCUUACGUGGCAAGAGAGAGACUCACUUGAGCUGGAUCGCGGUCCAUUCAACAAUGAACACGACUAUCUUGUUUCCCUCAUCUCAGCAUUCACCUCCCACGCUAAAGAGCUUUCGCUUACGCCUCAUGUCUUUUUCGCGCCGGUUCCUGACAUGGUGGAUUACGACAGCUUAUCAAGUUAUCAGAAAGCUUCAAGGCGGUGGAAUGACUUUGUGGCAAUUGGCCAAAAGAUUGAGCACAGUAAAAAUAUCCUCUUUUAUUGCAUUGCAGGGCAGCUUCUAUCUGAAAUGAUAAAUGACCUCACUUCAGAUAGAGCAAGUAGCUUCACGAUCUCCCAUCCAGAUCUUCAUCUUGGUAAUAUCUACGUUGAUGAAAACUUCAACAUCACGUCUAUCAUCGACUGGAGUUCAGCGUCAACUGGCCCAGCAUCUGAGAUCCUCGCGGCUCCAUCACUCGGUAGCUCAGCUGCCCCGCCAUCAGCAUACCUUACUACUGCCUACCGGUCAGGUUUCAUCCAGGAAGCUAACAAAAGGACACAAUCACUACCUGAUGCGGUUCUCUGGAAGAGGUCAGAGAUAAUGUGGCAUUUCACUCGGCUAACACGCUUACUUUCCAAAAAUGACUAUCAGCUUUUCGAAAGGCUGUUUGAACUCAUAUACAACAAGGACACCUUUGCGCAUGGAAAAGAGAGGAUUUUGGGACUCUUCUGGGAGCGCGCUGGUCGGGAUUAA